CACCCCUCUCCCCCCAGACAGCUCUGACCUCAGGGUCGAGCAACCAUGCCCUGACUGACUGAUCCCUGGGGAAGGAGGUCCGUGGUUCUACCCGUGUGUGUGUUGCGGAGUUUUCCACUGCCGCCUGUUGUGAUCGCCUCGCUGUUCCCGGCACUGGCGUUGCAACCACCAUUCAACACCCUGCUCUGCUCUGCCUGUGAGCAGCAAGCAGCAUUUACUGGUCUGCCCGCCUGUCCAGUCGCUUUGAUUUAACCCCAUGAUGUAAACCCGGGGGCUGUGAGCGCUGAGCCCGCGGCCGCCCAGCGCUGUACGAGUGGGGCCGGCGGGGGGCUGGAGGGGGAGCAGUGUACCCGUGUCCCCACUGCGUCAGUGUUGUGGUGACGGCUCGUACUGUGUGUGUAGCGGUGGGACAGCCAGGGGCCUGCACCUCACGUCCACUUCAACAGCGAGUAGCCUCGGCGUGGCCGGAGCAGGAACAGCGAGCGAGCGAGCAACCGGGAGCGAGUAUCGCCAGCCAGCGGGACCCGGGGCAGGAGCAAGAUCAUUGAACAGGCGUUCACCGGGACCCGAACCAGGGACAGCGAGCGGACGGACGCUGACAGUCGCCCGGAGCAGUAACAGUGAAGCGGCGUUCACAGUCGCCUGGACCCAGUGAGAGACAGCGAGCCAGAGCAGGAGAGGCGCCGGCUCCACACCUGUGGUCUCAGACCACCCGGCAGUGCCGGCAAGAAUGGGCGCGGUAGUGGGCACGUUAUCGCUGCAGACCAAGCAAAGAAGACAUUCGCGAGACAAAUUAGAAGAUGAGCUGGAAAUGCACACAGUCUGCCAUCGGCCUGAAGGCUUAGGACAGCUGCAGGCACAAACCAACUUCACCAGGGGAGAGAUCCAGGUGCUGUACAGAGGAUUCAAGAACGAAUGUCCCAGUGGUGUUGUUAGCGAAGAUACUUUUAAACAAAUAUACUCUCAAUUUUUUCCACAUGGAGAUGCCAGCAUGUACGCCCACUACCUCUUCAAUACGUUUGACAGCACUCAUGAUGGAGCCAUCAAAUUUGAGGACUUUGUGAUGGCUCUUUCGGUGUUGCUGAGAGGAACCGCUCAUGAGAAGCUGACAUGGACCUUUAAUCUGUAUGACAUUAACAAGGAUGGAUUUAUCAAUAAAGAGGAAAUGACGGACAUUGUGAGGGCCAUCUACAGCAUGAUGGGGAAGUGCACGUAUCCCGUGCUCAAGGAUGAUGCUCCAAGGCACCAUGUGGACACCUUCUUUCAGAAAAUGGACAAAAACAAAGAUGGUGUGGUGACUCUGGACGAGUUUAUAGAAUCCUGCCUUAUGGAUGAAAAUAUCAUGAGAUCCCUACAGCUUUUUGAAAACAUUAUAUAGCAUUUCAGAUCGUCCCAGUGGGGCAGACUGCAACUGGAGACAGCAUCAUGGUGUUGCCUGGUCUUCAGCUGGUACAUGUGUCCUGUUGGGUAAACGUCUGGAAUCUAACCUGGAAGCAAUUUCUAGACAGUGAUUUUCUAUUGCGUGCCUGUGGAGUGUCAAGAAACUCGUAAAGAACCAUUUUGUUCCAUUUUGUAAAGCAUGCUGUGAAAGUUUGUAAACCAUGAAGCCAUGAUUUAUCUGUGAUCACUUGUGUAUCUUGAGUCUGAUGUGUACUGCUUCCAAAUACACUGUGAACACAAGCACUACAUUGGUCCUCACUCCCCUCCUUCACCAUUUAUCUAUUUACCCUUUGUUCCAUUCUUCUUUAUUUUGUUCUUCCCUCCUCAUUGCUCUCCCGUUCUCUCCAUCCAUUUUUUGUUUUAGUUUUUUAGAGAUAUAGCAUGGAAACAGGCCUUUCAGCCCAUCAAGUCCGCG